AUGAAGUUGCUCCGGACAGUCAGGGACUCCCUGCUGGAAAAGCUUCCAGAAGACGCACACCUUCGGGCCUCUGGAAAGCUCUGUGUGUCCCUCACACGAAUUACUGAUGGAAAAAAUGUUUUGGUGUCAGAGUUUGCAAGCAGAGAGGAACUCAUUCAGGUCCUCACGUGCAGCUGUUUUUUCCCUGUUUACUGUGGUUUCAUCCCACCUUCAUACCAUGGCGUGCUCUAUAUGGAUGGAGCCCUGAGCAACAACAUGCCGCUCUUUGAGCAGAGAAACACCAUCACUAUGGCCCCGUUCUCAGGCGAGAGUGACAUUUGCCCCAGAGAAGGUACAUUCAACUUAUUGGAAGUCCACUACGGCAACGUCAGCAUUCAGGUUAACACUGGGAAUGUGCAUCGCAUCUGUACAUCGUUCCUUCCUCCCAGACUUGAGACGCUGGCAGAGAUAUGCCACAAUGGCUACAUGGAUGCUCUUUGCUUCCUGAGAGACAGAGAUCUGCUUGGAGCACAAAAUAUUACCAGCAGUGUGGUCGGAGCCAAACUUCCUUGCUGUGAGCCGAUGAAGGAAGUGGGUCAGGCAGAAGACAGGGGGGUGAUCAAGUGUGACAAGGCAGACCAUCAGUGGCUGGACCGCAAAGUCAUUGAGAACCUCCCUGCGGCCAUCAAGAAAUUGCUAUGUGAGGCAUGCAAGGAUAGUCAUGAUGGUGGCAGUUGGUGGCAGAGUUUCAGGGACUUCCUGCCAGUGAAGCUGGUUAUGUAUCUACUUACCCUCCUCAUCUUACCCAUUGAGCUGACGAUCUUAUUCACCAAAAGCGUGAUAUCAUUCAUCUGUACGGCAGUUUGCAGACUGUUAACUGGGUCUGCAGAUCUCUACAGGCAGAAGCGGAGCAUCAGUGACAAAGGCGUCAACAGUGCAUCUCAAGAGAAUAACUGCAUCUGGAGGUCAUCUGGUUCAAACAGCAGGAAAAGAGACAAAAACAUUCAAACUCUGAGCUCGAGAAUGACCAAUUCUAAAAUAAAUCUCCACUGGGACACCAACAGUAACGUGGGUCUUAUGCCUCCCAUGUCAGCCAGAACAGUUUCACCUGCAUCUAGCAAGGUGAUGUUAAAUACACCAGUAAAGGGACACAUAAUCAAUCAUAAACAACUCGGAAAAAAAGACUAAUUAAAAGAAUAGAAAAAAAAAUUGUCAUGAAUUCUUUUUCCUAGAGUUACUUCAGUCAGCAUUAAAGUUGAUAUUUGUUUAAAUAGCAAUGUUUUUGUAAAUUUAGCCCAUUCGUGAGGACUUAAUGUGGCUAUUUAAAAAAAACAAGGGCACCUGGGGGGCUUAGUGGUGAAGCUGGCGACCACAUAUAUACACUGUGUUGCAGUGCGGGAAGCGUGGGUUCGAGUCCCGGUCUGUUGCCAAUUUGCCUGUGUAUCUUUCCUUGUUUCCUGUCUCCCUCCACUGCUGAUAAAAGCUGCUGUGGCCAAACAUGCAAAAAAAAAAAAAAAAACUGAGAGGGUGACCUAAGGCUUACAUGAUUUUCACCCCUAAAUAAUCUAAUAAGCUUACUUCUUUCCCUAGCAGACCACCAAACAGCUGAUGGCUCAGUGGAUAUCUUUCUGUGUAUCCCAUUAGAAAAUAGUUUCUUCUACCUCUGGAAUCUGCUUUGCACCCACCUCCAUGUCAGCUCCUCCAUUUCAUGCUGUUUCUGACUUAAUGAGCCUGAUCUGUCAAAGGGGGGAGUCGUGCUGACGCUUUCCUCAUCUUUCAGCUUCGGUGGACGGCGAUGUCCCAGGUCAGAUCAUGACUCUGAUUUUGCCUUUUUGGAUUUUUUUCCCCCCUCAGCUAUAUGAAAAUGAGUCUUGGUCAUUAUUCUAAAUUCAUGUGAUAAAAUAUUGUAUGUUGUCUGGGAUAGGGUUGUGUUAAUAUUUCAAACUGUUUUUCCCAGCAGGACAGAAUUUUACAUCACACAACAGAAGCAAAAAGAUUCUUGAAUAAUCCUCUGUGUAUGAUUAGAAGACUUUUCACUUGAGUCUCAUGACUGCUGUCAAAUGCUUUACUUGUACACUCAACAAAAAUAUAAACGCACAAAACAUUUUCCUAUUUCAUCUCAUAACUAAUCAACAAUGUAUAAGCACAACAAUUUGUGCAACCAGUGUUUCAGAUCUUUAUGCAACAGUCCAUGUGUUAUCACAAACAGCGAACACAGCGAUCAGAGUUCACACCACUCAGUACUGAGUGCAUCACGCAUCUGCAGCGCAUAGACGUCACCAGAUUGUGUGAUGUUGUCGCAUUCCUCCUGGAGUGCUUGGGCAUGUUGAGGGACAGGUAAUUUUAACUUAACUUUUUGGGUUUGUGCGUUUAUAUUUUUGUUGAGUGAGCAAUAUGUGAUACACUGGAAGAGAAAGUAAUUUGGCAGUAGGUCAACCAUCUUUGAGCAUGAAUAUGCAUGACAAGUUUACGAAGAAUAAGACAAUAAAUAGGGGAAGAGUAGCUACUGAAGUUAAACAUCAAUGUAAAAAUAAAAAAGUGAAAAAUCAGAAAUUGAUCUGCAGCAUUUUGUAUAGAUUUGCCCAAAGGAUACUUGUAGCAAGUUUCAAAAGAAUCAGCCAAUAAAUUAGGGAGAAGGAGUCACUGAAGUUAAACGUGAAUGUACUGUUUAUAUUCAAAAUUUCAAAAAUCCAUUAAAAAAAAGUAGACCUUUGCACAUUGAAUAGUCAUACCAAGUUUCAAAAGAGUCGACCUAGAAAUAAGAGGGGAGUAGGGAUUAAAGAG